AUGGCCGCCUGCAUUCGGACCCUGGCAACGGGUAUGUGCGUCUCCCCCGGUGCGCGGCAGAAGUCGGCCACCUUGGAGUCCAGUUCUGUACCGUUGGCUACCAAUUACCCAGGAGCCUGGGAGCACCGUGGGGCUGCCGACACCUUUUCUGCAUCCUGCCAGGUGCUUUUAGGACGUGGGUCUGGCCAGUGGAGCGAAAACACCAAGUUGGAGUUGCUACAUCCGCUGGGAGAUGACAGCCCAGUGGCCAACUUUUUGCAGAAGAACAAAGCGGGAGGCCUGCACCACCUCUUUAAGGUGGACAACAUCACCGACGCCAUCGCAGACCUGAAGAAGAAACAGAUCCGCCUGUUGAGCGAAGGGGCCAAAAUAGGCGCCCACGGGAAACCAGUCAUUUUCCUCCACCCGAAAGACUGCGGGGGAGUCCUUGUGGAACUCAAAGAGGCCUAAGCUGAGAUCUCGAGUGCAGGAGAUGGAAAUUAACAGCCACCCGAAAGGAACCGUGGCUCAAAUUCUGGGGUGUGUUUAGAAAUCAUAACUGAUUAAGCGGUCGUCGGAGAGCUGGCUAUGUUGCAAAUGUCCACGAGAGAACAUUAAAGGUGGAAUGUCCGUUUCCGGGUGCCAGGACCUCUCCCUUUUCAAAUGGGAAGUUGCUCUCCCACCAAAAUAAUCUUUUCUCUUUCAUAGGUGGUUUGGGGCUACAUCACUGUCCCGCAACUCAAGUGUAUGUAAAAGUAUUUUUCCCAUUGCCUGGGCGAUUUCCCUUGGUCGAUUUCUAGGUCAAGCUUUUGUUAUUCUGCUCUGCAGUUGCAAACGAGCAAGAAAGAGAGAAUCCCCCCCCCCCCCCCGUACUCCGCUCCAGCAUUCCCUUAGGGAAUCAAUCAGGAAGAAAUUAUCUUGUUCCCAGUGGCCACCAUUCUAAGGACUGACAUCGAUGGGUUCUCUCGGUGUCCUCGCUAAUAGGAUCCUUGUAGGGGUGUCUGCGAUUGCUAAGCAACUCUGCUUAAUGGCUGUCAAUAACUUCUGUCUUUGAAAUUGGCAUUUCUUUUGGUUCCUAAUCGGGAAUCUGCGCAGAUGAAAACCGAGAGAUCUGGAGGAAGUGGCAUUUCGUUUCAUAGCAGUGCUUCAUUUCCACGGGUUUAUGUGUUCUUAAUGGUUUCCAAUUAUUUUUAAUUGCUGCCAGACAAAAAUGGCUUUUGUCUGGUUUUAAUGAAUUACAACUUGUGAAGGAAAACGUGUUUUUUUAGAGAGCUGCUAUAUUCAAACAGUUUCCCUGUGUGAAACUUUUAACUUUCUGGAAACGUUUCUUUUCGAUCCUGGUGUCAGUAUUGCACAGUGAUUCAGUUUUCCUGCAGUACUAUAUUAAAACAGCAGCGCAGGGUACAAAAUCAUAAA